AUGUCUGACAACGGAGAACUGGAAGACAAGCCACCAGCUCCUCCCGUCCGGAUGAGCAGUGCUAUCUUCAGUUCAGGGGGCAAAGACCAGUUGUCUGCCAACCAUAGUUUGAAACCCCUGCCCUCUGUACCAGAAGAGAGAAAAUCUAGGAAUAAAAUCAUCUCCAUAUUCUCCAGCACUGAAAAAGGAAGCAAGAAGAAGGAGAAGGAAAGGCCAGAAAUCUCCCCACCGUCAGAUUUUGAGCAUACCAUCCAUGUUGGCUUUGAUGCUGUUACUGGAGAGUUCACUGGAAUGCCAGAGCAAUGGGCUCGGUUGCUGCAGACCUCAAAUAUCACAAAGCUAGAACAGAAGAAAAACCCCCAGGCGGUACUAGACGUGCUGAAAUUCUAUGACUCCAAAGACACAGCAAAACAGAAGUAUCUGAGUUUUUCUGCUCCAGGUGAGACCAAGUGUGUGCAAGGCAUAUUGAAGGGGAGUUGGACCAAUGCCAAAGGUUCAGAGCCAUCAACAGCUGUGGCAGAUGAUGAUGAGGAUGAUGAAGAAGCUCCUCCUCCUGUUAUUGCUCCGCGGCCAGAUCACACAAAAUCGAUUUAUACACGGUCUGUAAUUGACCCCAUCCCUGCACCAGCCAGUGACACUUCUGUUGACAGUGCGACGAAAUCGGGCGAUAAGCAGAAAAAGAAGACCAAAAUGUCAGAUGAAGAGAUCAUGGAAAAACUACGCACUAUUGUGAGCAUAGGAGACCCCAAGAAAAAAUACACCAGAUAUGAAAAAAUCGGGCAAGGGGCUUCAGGUACAGUUUUCACAGCUAUUGAUGUGGCAACAGGGCAGGAGGUUGCUAUUAAACAGAUAAACCUGCAGAAGCAGCCCAAGAAGGAGUUGAUUAUUAAUGAGAUCUUGGUAAUGAAGGAGCUAAAGAACCCCAACAUAGUCAACUUCCUGGACAGUUACCUCGUCGGAGAUGAAUUGUUUGUGGUGAUGGAGUAUCUAGCUGGAGGCUCACUAACAGAUGUGGUCACAGAAACAUGUAUGGAUGAAGCACAGAUUGCUGCUGUUUGCAGAGAGUGUUUGCAAGCACUUGAGUUCCUACAUGCCAACCAGGUCAUCCACAGAGAUAUUAAGAGUGACAACGUGCUGUUAGGAAUGGAUGGAUCGGUUAAACUAACCGACUUUGGUUUCUGUGCUCAGAUCACCCCAGAGCAGAGCAAGCGCAGCACUAUGGUUGGAACUCCUUACUGGAUGGCUCCUGAAGUGGUCACGCGGAAAGCAUACGGCCCUAAAGUGGAUAUCUGGUCUCUGGGCAUCAUGGCUAUCGAGAUGGUGGAAGGAGAACCCCCAUACCUCAAUGAAAACCCCCUGAGGGCUUUAUAUUUGAUAGCAACUAAUGGCACGCCAGAGCUGCAGAACCCCGAGAAACUGUCCCCAAUAUUCCGUGAUUUCUUGAACCGAUGUUUGGAGAUGGAUGUAGAGAAAAGAGGAUCAGCCAAAGAAUUGCUACAGCAUCCCUUCUUGAAACUGGCCAAACCUCUGUCUAGCUUGACGCCACUGAUCUUGGCAGCCAAAGAAGCAAUGAAGAGUAACCGCUAACAUUACUGCCACAGCCUUCAUCCUUUUUUUUUGUUGUUGUUUGUUUGUAUUUUACAAAUCUUUAUAAUAUAUGAAAUUGUUACACUUCUGGGGGGAGGGAAAGGAUUUUUUGGGGGAGGGGGGGUGGGAAACGUCUGCAAAAGGGAAGACACUCUCAUCCGGAAGACACCCAAAAUAAAUUGCGGUGACUCUAGCGAUCCCUGUCUGGGGUCCAGAAGGAAUUGAGGACUGAAUUACUGGCCUUUUUUAACUUUGUUGUUGUUGCAGACAGCCCAGAAAUGCCACUUACUGUGCCCGGGGGUUUUAAGGGUUUUUAAUGACUUCGCUGUCACAGCUCCCAUUCAUCGUACCCUUCUGGGUACUUUCAAUACUUGAAUGACAGAUUCAAGCUUUUGGAGAGCAGUACUAAUUUUACCUGCUGAUCUCUUUCGCUCUUCUCUUCCUCCCCUCUGCCUGU